AUGUCUCAAAAACGGAAGAUAAAUUUUGAACAUCCAAAAAAUAAAAGAAGAAUAUUAAAGGAAAUUAACAAAAAGCAACAUGUUUAUGGUCCAGCAAGUGCAGCACCUGAUAUGUCUCCUCAACAUUUAGAAAAAGCUAAAGAAUUUAUGAAAAAUUUUAAGGAUGUUACAUGUGAUAGGAAUGUUAUUGAAAGGGCUACCGUAUUGCAAAGGGACAGCAGUGAAUGGCUUGAGUUAAGAAAAAAUCUUGUUACAUCCUCAAAUUUCGGCCCUAUAUGUAAAAGAAAAGCUAAUACUGGCACUGCUUCACUUUUUAAAAAUAUAUUAUAUCCAAAGAAUUCGUUAAACGUUGCCUCCAUUUGCCACGGAAUCGAACAUGAAAGUCAAGCUCUACAACUGGAAAAACAAGAAAAUGUGAAAAUUAUGCAGCUCCGGACGGACUGGUAG